AUGCGCGCCCCGCCCACUCCCCUCUUUCUGAGUCUCCUUGCCUUGUUUUCGAUUUCCGCGCUCGGUGCGCCGAGCUCCAUCGCCGCUACGAGCAGACCUCUACCCACCGCCUCAUCCUCUUCCCUGUCUCCCAUCGACGUUCUCGAGGCAAGUCACAGGGGGGCCAAGAAGAGAGAAGUCAUCAAAAGAGCCCAGCUGGCUCCGGGCUUCACUUGGGGUACAGAUCCCAUGCGAGGGGUCAACAUUGGCGGCUGGCUGGUACUUGAACCAUGGAUAACGCCUUCCUUAUUCGAAAAUAAACCAGAUUGGGUGGUAGACGAGUGGACGUAUGGCGAAUACAUGAAGACGCAGAAUAACACGAUGGACGAGAUCAGAAGCCACUGGAACAACUGGUUCAAGUAUGCCGAAUUGGAAGAUAUAGCAGCAUCAGGAUUGAAUACCAUACGGAUCCAGAUAGGCUGUAUGUCUGCUGGACGGGUGCUUGUCACAGGAGCUGAUAUGCCACAGACUGGUCAAGGCAUUCGCGACUCUCGUCAAUGGUUCUCCAAUACCACCAACCUUGACCGCACCUACUCUGCCCUGUCCGUCCUCACUUCUGAAUUCACCCAAUCCUUCUACAACUCUACAGUGGUCGCCAUCGAACUCAUCAACGAGCCUUUCCCUUACAAUGCGGCGGAGCUGGAUGUACUGAAGGGUUUUUAUCAAGGGGCGUAUGGGACGGUCAGGGGAGCGGACCAGAAGGCGGGUGGAGGAGGGAACGAUGUGGUUGUGGCCAUCGACGAGGGAUUUCAGGGGCUGACUACGUGGGAGUCCUUCAUGCAGGCGCCAGACUACCAAAACGUCGCUAUGGACACUCACAUAUACAUGAUGUUUGAUCUUGACCUCAUUGCAAUGGGGUAUACGGAGAGCCUGGACUGGUACUGUGGCCAAGCAAGCUUUUUGAACCGGUCAAACAAUGUUCAUUGGACGAUAGUGGGCGAGUUUGUCCCGGCGAACACGGACUGCGCUUACUGGCUGAACGGUCGAGGGCGUGGUGCCCGAUACGACAACACUCUCAAUACCUCAGCCUCCCUGGAAUACCCAGGCGACUGUUCAGCCAAAACAGGAGCCGACCCAAGCGGAUUCUCUGACGAAUACGUGCAAUAUCUGGCAAAGUCUUUCGAGGUCCAAACAUGGGUUUAUGAGCAAGCCAGCGGGUGGGUGAUGUGGACUUGGAAGACGGAACGAGCAGCAGAUUGGUCGAUGCAGACUGGCAUCACUUAUGGCUGGAUACCUACUCCGAUAUAUUCAAAACCUCACGGGUAA